AUGUCUUCAUCGUCCGGAUUAAGUCCGAUGAGAGUGACUAAUAGUGCAAGUGAAGUGUCGCGUGUUUUGGACUCUGUUGAGCCGCACGCUCUUUCCGUAUCUUCCAGUUUGGAGGACCCAGUUGACCCACGAUCUUUUUCGGAUUCUAUUGUUCCUAAGAGGAAGCACCUUUACGCCGAGGAGGUGCGAAGUCAGUGGAAUUUUGAAAAAAUAUAUAAGGUUUUGGGUACAGAAGAGAAGUGUGUGGAGUUCUCGAAGAGAGUUGGACUUAUACCAACAACC